AUGCUCGUCUCUCGCGUUAUCGCCAUUGUGGCUGUUACUGGUUCACUCGGACUUGCACUUCCCACGAGCGCUCGUAAGUUUGUCUGUUGCUUCAUCAAGUUACGAUGCUAACCAGUGAUAGCAGUUCCACGUGCCGAGGGCUACGAAUCACAAAUCUUGGCCAGUCGCUCUGCGGGAGAUGUCGUGGCUCGCCAUGAGGUCUAUAAGAGACCAUUCACCGCCCGACGCUCUGAGAGCGAGUCUAAAAGAGAUGUCGUUGCUCAACAGGAAGUCUAUAAAAGACCCUUUACCGCCAGGCGUUCUGAGAGCGAUUCCUAG